UAUACUUAAUAGAUAUGUUUGACCAACUUAUAAAUCAAACUAAUCUCUUUGACAUUAAAAUCUUGAGGGAUAGUUAACAAAGCUUAAUAAAUGGAAAUUGAGUAACAUCAUUUUACUUUAUUUAAGUUUUUUACCAAACUCUUGUUACAUUAUUAAUUAUUUUUUACCCUUAAUAAUUAUUCCUUUAAAAUUUAUGGAGUAACAUUUAACUUUUAUUUUUUUAAUUUUUCGGUGGACAACUCUUAAUUUUUUAAUUUUGUACCAAACAUUAUCUUAGUAGGAUCAGAUUAAGACAUGAAUGAUGUUUCAGUUAAUUAGUUUGCUGGUGCUGGAAUUUCCUAGUAGUUUUCUAGCCCAAGCAAAGGAUCAAAAACUAAAGUUUAGCGGAAUAUCAACCUGCAACAUCAACCAUGACAUAUGGCACCUUAUAUAUAAAUGAGGGACAACGACUAAAGAGAUGUAUAAACAAAUCCAUCCCACAACUUAGAAGGGGUUACCUGUGAAGCAGAAAGCUCUGCAAAAGAACAAUGGCAGAGGGCGCAGUAACUAUUCUGCUUGAAAAAUUUGUUCCCCUUUUCGAAAAUGAAGUACAGCUCUUGAGCGGGGGUCGAGAAGAUAUAGUGUUCGUGAGAGCAGAGUUGGAGCGGAUAAGAGCCUUCCUAAAGGUUGCAGAUUCACUGGAAGAGAGUGAUGAGGAAGUAAAAGUGUGGGUUAAACAAAUCAGAGAUGUUGCUCAUGACACUGAAGACGUUUUAGAUGAGUACAGAAUUCUACAAACACAUGAUCAUGGCAAUGGGCUCUUUGGUUUUCUACAUAAGAUGUCUUGUUGCAUUAAGAACAUGAAGGCUCAUUAUCGAAUAGCAUCAGAAAUACGAGAGAUCAAAUCAAGAAUCAAAAAUAUUUCUGCUGGACAUCGAAUACUCCACCAGAAGUUCUGUGUAGCCGGACAAGGUGCAAACUCCACCUGUGCAGGCAACGAAUGGCAAGACCAGAGAGGGGAUGCCCUUCUUCUAGACAGAACUGAUCUAGUGGGCAUUGAUAAGCCCACAAAGAAGCUGGUUGGUUGGCUGGUUAAUGAAGGUACAGGGCGUGAAGUAGUUUCACUUGCAGGGAUGGGAGGAUUGGGGAAAACCACCUUGGCGAAACAAGUCUAUGAUGAUUCAGAAGUAAAGAAACAUUUCAGCAUGCAUGCCUGGAUAACAGUGUCUAGAUCUUACAAGAUGGAAGAACUCCUUAAAGACAUUGUUCAACAACUCUUCAGUGCAGAUAGGAAGCCAGUUCCCAGAGAAGCAGACAACAUGAACAGCAAUCAGCUGAAAACAAUAAUUAAGGAGCUGCUUCAGAACAGAAGGUACCUAAUUGUUUUGGAUGAUGUAUGGCAUAUAAAUGAGUGGGAUGCCGUCAAAUAUGCCUUGCCCACCAACAACUGUGGCAGCCGAGUCAUUCUCACUACACGCAAUGCUGAUCUUGCCUUCACCUCACGCAUAGAAUAUGAAGGUAAGGUCUAUUACUUGGAGCCAUUGCCUCCAGAAGAGUCUUGGACUCUUUUCUGCAGGAAGACAUUCCAAGGGAACUUAUGUCCUCAUCAUUUGGAGGAUAUUUGCAAAAGCAUACUCAGAAAAUGUGAGGGACUUCCCCUUGCAAUUGUGGCAGUUAGUGGAAUUCUUGCUACCAAAGACAUGCGAAGGAUAGAUGAAUGGGAAAUGGUUCGACAUAGCCUUGGUGCUGAAAUUGAAGGCAAUGAUAAACUUAAGAAUUUAAAGAAGGUACUUUCACUCAGUUUCAAUGAUCUGCCAUACUAUCUCAAGUCUUGUUUCUUAUACUUGAGCAUCUUUCCUGAGGAUCAUCCAAUUGAGCAUAUGAGACUCAUUAGAUUGUGGGUUGCAGAAGGAUUUGUGGAAGCAAAAUAUGGAAAAGAAUUAGAAGAUGUUGCAGGGGACUAUCUCAAUGAACUCUUAAAUAGAAGCCUGCUACAAGUAGCAGAAACAACCAGCGAUGGACGGAUCAAAACAUGUCAAACUCAUGAUCUUCUACGAGAGAUUGUCAUCUCAAAGUCAAGAGAGCAAAAUUUUGCAGUUAUAGCCAAGGAACAUAACGUUACAUGGCCAGAUAGACUUCGGCGUCUAUCAAUUCACAACACAUUACAAAAUGUGCAACAGAACAGGUGUGUUUCUCAGUUACGUUCAUUAUUCAUGUUUGGCAUAGCAGAGAAGUCACCCAUAACUGGCCUGUUUCCCAGUGGCUUUAGGUUGCUUAAUGUGUUAGAUUUGCAAGGUUCAAAUCUAAACAAGUUCCCAAUUCAGGUUAUCAACCUAUACUACCUAAAGUAUCUAAGCUUGAAAAGUACAAAGGUAGCUACAAUUCCAUCCUAUAUAGGGAAGCUUCAACACCUAGAGACCUUAGAUCUGAAACACGCCCAUGUCACUGAAUUGCCUGUGGAGAUCCUGAAGCUACGAAAACUUCGCCAUCUUCUUGUGUAUCGUUAUGAGUACGAGUCUUAUGCACAUUUCCACUCCAAGCAUGGAUUCAAGGCUCUGGAAAAAAUAGGUGUUUUGCGGUCACUGCAGAAGCUAUGCUUAAUAGAAGCAAACCUAGGAAAUGGCAAUAUAAUGAAGGAACUCAGGAAGCUAACCCAACUGAGAAGGUUAGGUGUAGUAAAGUUGAGAAAGGAAGACGGGAAGACUCUGUGCUCAUCUAUUGAAAAUCUCAGCAACCUUCGUGCAUUAUCCCUACUUUCUGUGGAAGACGAGAUACUUGAUCUUCAGCACCUAUUUUCUCCUCCACAAUUACUUCAGCGGCUUUACUUGACAGGACGUUUAGAGACACUACCACACUGGAUACCUAAUCUUGCAAGCCUGGUUAGACUGCAUUUGAAAUGGAGCCGCUUGCAGGAUGAUCCACUUGAAUCUCUUCAAAUUCUUCCAAAUCUUGUACAUCUUGAAUUACUCCAAAUGUAUGAAGGAGACACACUGUGUUUCAAGGCUGGUGGGUUUAAGAAGCUGAAGCUCUUAGGCAUUGAUAAAUUCGAUGAACUAAAAUGCAUACAAGUGGAGGCAGGAUCAAUGCCCAUAGUGGAGAAGUUGUGCAUUCAGCGCUGUAAGUUUUUGCAUAAGGUACCCUUGGGCAUUGAAUAUCUGACAAAGCUCAAAGUGCUUGAAUUCUUUGAUAUGCCUCAUGAAUUAAUCAAGACACUUCAUUCUGAUGAAAAAGAGGGAGAUUAUUGGAGAGUUGCACACAUCCCAGAAGUGUAUUCUACCUACUGGAGAGAUGGGGGAUGGGAAGUCUAUUCUUUGGAAAGUUUCAAUGAUGCUUACAGGCCAAGUCCUGUCACAAGGAACCAGGAGCUUUAUACUCGCUGGAAAUAGCAUUUUUCUUGCAUGUUGGUUUCAUUAUCU